GCUGCUGCUGCUGUUGCUGCUGCAGUUCACGAUGUUGCUCUGGAGGAUUGAGGCAUUGCCCACGAUACAGCAGCAGGGAGCGCACAGUGGGGCCAACUAUGUGCAGCAGCUGGACAAGAGUUUCUUUCAACCAAGAGAGAUCGAGCAGACCAUCGAUGAGGUGCAGAAGAUACUGGCCAAUGAUCCAGCGCUGCCCAGGCUCACUCGCGGGGAGAUCGAGGAGCUGUAUGAGAAGGUCACGCGGGAGGAGUACGAAAAGAGCAUCGAGGCGGGCGACAUGAGCCGAGCGGACAGCAUGCGUGCUCUGAUGUUGGUGCUGCCGUUCAACACGGACAACAACACCGAGGAGAAUCUGCAGGAGCUGUACACCCGUCCACCCGUUACCCGGGUCAUUGAUGGCUACACGCCGCCCGAUCCCAUCAAGUUCCUUACUCCCGAUCCCAAUGCGGCGCCGCGGAGCACUGUGCCCGGCGGCAAUCCCGCUGUGGCAGCCACCACCUAUAAGCCCGCCUUUGGCAAUCUGCCCAAGCAACUGUACCCGGCACCAACGGCAACCACAUAUCAUCCCCCAGCCCCGGCGCCCGUCAUGUACCAGCUGACGCCGUCACUGGGCAAGCCGAGCAUGGAUUUCCAGCCGGUUACCAAGCUGCCCCAGGCAUAUGACUAUGCCCAUGCUCAAGCUGCUCCUGCUGCUGUUCGUCCAGUUGCUCCACAGACCGCGCAGAGAUUCAGCUCCCAUUAUAAUGCAAAGAAUGCGCAAUUCUUGCGCAAACCAAAGCCGGCCCAGGGCACAAAGUCCAGCAGCACCGUCAAGCCCGUGGCGGACAUCCUCGAGAGCCUCGGCAUUGUGGGUGGAGCCGGCGCUGGUCAGACGAAUCACAAGCGCUAUGCCAUAGAUGAUUACUAUCCGGCGGAGAGUGCACCACAGCCGGUGGUGGCAAUGGCGGAUUUGCGUGGUGUGCAAGGAGCACGCAUUCGUCCAGAUGCCUACUCCAAUUUCAAGCCAUUGAACAUUGGCGAGGAACUGCGCGUCAAGCCGGAGGUGGAGGGUUAUCUAACGCGCUUUGGCAUCGUCAAGAAAUCGCCAAAGGCACUGAAGAAAUCUCAAGCCGCUCAAGGGGCUGCCACGCCCACGGAGGAGCCAACUGGCGCCCACACGGAGCUAUCGACGGCAACGGCCAAGGUGCCCAAUAUGGAGCUGGCCAAGCUGCUCGAGAAUCUGCAGGAACUGGAGCGAUUGCAAAUGAGGAGUAAUCGAGUGCCGAGUACAACCACCUCCACCACCAGCACCAGCACCACCAGCACGACAAGCACAACCACCACACCUGCACCACCCACAUCGCUGAUCACACAUGGCGCACCACUGCUGAUUGAGCCGAAGAAGCCGCGACGACGCAUUGAUCCCAACAUUGACAUCAACUUUGCCAAUGGAGGCAACCACCAGAAGCAGUCGACCUCAAUGGAUGAGCUGUCCAAGCUGUUGCAGAACCUCCAGGAGCUGGAAAAGCUCAAGAUCAAUCCGGAGAAUGUGCUGAAAGCGACCAGUCCAGGCACACAGGCACUGAGCAAUCGCUUCAGCGUGAGCAGCACCACACCAGCGACCAGCACCACCAGAGCCACAACCACCACAGCUGCUCCACUGGCGGUUAGCAAUGAUGCACGGGAUUUGCAGCUUAUUCUGCGACAACUGCAGCAGCUGGAGCAGGCGAAUGCGGUGCACAAGGUCACCACUAGCACCACUAGCACCACUAGCACCACCAGCACCACAAGGAGACCAAAGCCUAAGCCGCCUGCAGCCAGUCUGAGUCUGAAUGGCGCACAAUCGAGUCGCUUGGCCGUCGCCGAUCUCGCCCAGCUGCAACGACUUCUCAGCGAUGACCGCGAGCUGGAGCGACUCUAUGAACAGGCGCGCAAUAACAAGAAAGUGGCCAAGAGUCCCACCACCAGCAGCACCACCAGCAGCACCACCACAACCACCACAACGACGCCACGACCCACUAAAGCCGCCGCUGCCGUGGAUCAUGCACAGUUCGAGGCGUUAAUCACACGCGUCCAGCAGCUGGAGCAACUGCAGCAGCCCAAAUCCACGACACCGGGUUUCAGCACACGCAAUGUGGCAGCUAGUGAACGCGGUCCAAGUCUGGGCCUGCCCAGCAACGACUACGCCCAGCUGCAACAGCUGGCCGCAGCCUCGCCAGACUUUGAGCAGUACCAUGGCCAAGGCGACGUGGAGAUCUCAACGGCGGCAACGACGUCCAAGCAGCGACAACGACCGCGACCGUUGAACAACUUCGAGCGGAGCAAUGGUCUGCUGCAGGAUGUGCAGCCGCAGGAUUAUGUGCAGCUGCAGAAGCUGCUCAGCAAGGUGCAGGAAUUGGAGCGGGUGCAGCUGCAGGAGACGCGUCCCACAACUGGCCAUCAACUGGUCACCGCCGCCUCGGUGCGCACCCAGAACGUGAAGAGCUUGAGCGGCGCACAGAUUGUGUAUGCCCAGCCAGCGGUGUCCGACCAGGAGAUGGAUAUCAAGCUGGAUCUGCCGGUUUACAGGCAACCUGCGCCAAUGCUGACCACUCCCAUGCCCAGCUCCAGGCUGAGCUCCAGCGAGGAGCUGCGUGAGCUGGCCAUGUCACGGCCGGCGCAUCCACAGAGCCGACCCGCCGCUGGCCAGGAUCAGGACUUUGAGCAGUACCAACAGUUCUUUAGCAGCCUGGAGGACAACGGAGAGCGGCAGAGCUAUCAACACAUGCAGCCCAUCUACAAGACGGUGACGUCAACGCCGAAGCCAUCAACAGCUGCUCCCAGCACCACCAUGAGGCAAUCCGAUCUGGCGGAGCUGCAGAAGCUGCUCUACAACACGCAACAAUUGCAGAAACUGGGCGUGGCACUGCCCAAUGAGCUGUCCCAGCAGCUGGAGAGUCAGCUGCAAACACAACCCACGAGCAGCAGCACCACCAGCAGUACCACCACCCGCACCACUUCGACUACACCCUCCCCCUCUCCAUCGCAUGAUUCAUCCUCGCCAGCGGUUUUCUCGCUAACCACCAGCAAGCCCGCAUCGCCACGCCCACCACGUCCCAGCCCCCAUACGACAGAGAGCAGCGUGGAGCUGCCGAUCUUCAGUGCCACCAAGAUCAUUGAGGCUGCCAUCAAGCGGGCUGCCAAUCGCAUUGGCGUCUCCACGGAGCAAUCGCCAAUGAAUCUUGUGCCGGCUGUGGGUUACGGCUUCCGGCGACGCAGUGACGAUCAGCUCGAUAUGGAGGCGGAGGGGGAGCAGGAGGGUGUCAUGGAUGGUGAUCUGAUGGCGGAGUUCAGUGAGCUCAACUAUCAGCUGGCCAAGCCGGAGCCACAGCCGGAGCCACAGCCGGAGCCACAGCCGGAGCAAGUGCCACCAAUGCUGGGUGGUGAGAAUCUCGAUGAGUUGCAGCGCCUAAUCAGCAAUCUUCAACAGCUGCAACAGCUCAAUGUGAGUCUCGAUCUGGUAAGGACACCACAAUCCCAGGCAGAUGCCAUCUAUUUGCAAUCCCAGCUGCAGGGACAGCAGCUGGACACGAGCAAGUCGCGCAGACAGAGCAUUGACAAUAGCAGCAGUGAUGCCACCACUAGCACCACUACCACUACCACCAGUGCACCACUGGAGACGGAGGAUGCCUCCACAACACAGUCGCCCACACGGAUUAGCCUGAAUCUGGGCUUGAGUGAUGCGGAUGAGGUCACAAGUGAUGCCAGUGAUGCCAGCACCACAACUGAGGCCAGCAGCAGCAGCAGCUCAACCACUGAGGAAUCACGCAACGGUUCACUGGACGAUCUGGCGGAUUCGUUUGGACCCGAUCCUGUUUCACAGGAGCCGCCGCCGGCCAAAAAGAAGAAUGGUUUCUAUUUUCUGGCCGAUUGGAAUUCAUUCCUCGAAGUGGGCGAUGGCGAUGAUCAGGUGGUGGUGCGUCUCAGUCCCAAAAUUGGAGAUCCACGCGACUUUCUGCCCGUCUAACCCAUCUGGAUGUGUGGACCAAUUAGCCAAUUAGCAGGCAGUGUGUAUAUAGAUCUUAAUUAGCUCCCUCUAAAAUUAUCCUAAUACCCAAUCAUUGUCAUUAUGAUUUUCAUUAUGAUUUG